AUGGAGGCGACAUGGCAACAGAUCAUAGCGUCAGGGCUCGUGUGGCUGAUCGUGCUGUUUCAUCCGCUCGCUAGGGUUUUCGCCAACGUGGAAGGUAAUGCCAUGGACUUGAUGUUUAUAACAUGUUCUCGGGUUAUAUUGCGUGCCGUCCAACGGACGCCUUUCUAAGUUCUGUCGUCGUUCUUCUUCUCCUAUUGUUGGUCUCUAAUCUUCUCUUUAUGAUGGCGCCCCAUUGAAUGGAUAUGUGUUAGGAGAGACAUUUCGCUUUAGAAUUGGGUGGUCAGUGGAGUUUUUGUAGCAUUAUUGAACACGGUGUUGAGUUUUCAUUUCUUUUUCUGCUUGGGGAAUAUAGAAUACUGCGGACUCACAGGGUUGGUUACAUUUAAGAAGGCUUCCAUUUUGAUCAAAGCAACCUCCCGAGGUCUCUAUACUGAAAAUUUUCGUCAAUAUGUUUAAUCUUGUAGUCCUUACAAUAUUGAUUUGGAGUAUUAUGAGAAUGAGCUUCAGAAAGAUCAGUGUGAUUAAUUAAGCCCUACUUUUUGACCUAGAAACUUCUGUUUGGCUGCCGAUCGCCGAAGAUGCAUUAAUAUGCAUAAAGGUCUGCAGAAGAUAAUCCUCUCAAUGAGCUUUUUCUCUGGAGUCAGAAGUGAAUAAUUUUACUGCUUGCCCACGAAUUUCGUAGCAGCUUUUUUGGUCUUAUUGCUGACGAGCACUGUCUAUCUUUUCCUUGGUGGAUAUUGUGGGGAAGAAGAAAACAUCUGUUUUCUAGAUUGAAGAUUUUGGUGUGAAGAUUUCUUGAUAUUUGUAGUUGGUGACAUAGCCUUCUAUAAUCUUUGCGGGUUCCUCUGAUUAAUUGAUUACCUCUUUUCUGAGUUUUGAUUGCUGACAUGGAAGUAGCUGAGAUACUAAUUGAUGAUUUUUAAGGCUAAGGCCGUCGUCAUUGUGAAUAAAAUUGUUGAAUAUCAAGCCUUAGUUUUGACUGAUAUGAAUAGGAAAAAAAAGGCUGUGAUGAGGUUGUCAGUACAAAGAGCCAAAAAAUAUCAUAAUUAGUUUGAUCCAAUCAUCCACAAGUCUUCCAGUGGAGCAUGGAUUUUUUAUAUUAGUUUACCUGAAUUUUAGCUUUUUUUCUUCAGUUAUGAGCUAUUUGUUGUAUUUUCAUUGGUUUUUGAUGAGUGUGAUUUCUCUUGUGAACAGGUGAUGCUUUGCAUAGUCUGAGGACCAAUUUGUUGGAUCCUAAUAAAGUCCUUCAAAGUUGGGAUCCGACACUUGUAAAUCCAUGCACUUGGUUUCAUGUUACCUGCAACAGUGAGAAUAGUGUCACACGAGUGUAAGUACAAGUGCAUUUUUAUCUGCUCGCCUGUGCAACUGAGAAAAUGUUAAGACACAUAUUUAUGUGCUUGAAAGUUCGAGUUGAGGAAUUACUUCAACGUGAUACUCACUUCUUUAUUCCUUCAGCGACCUUGGAAAUGCAGCCCUAUCUGGUACUUUGGUCUCACAACUUGGGCAGCUUAGGAAUUUGGAGUACUUGUAAGUUGUUCUAUUUACACGUCUGACAUUUUAGACUUUGUACGCCCGUAAUGACUUUUAUAGGGAAAUAAUUUUGGAUGCUGACAGUAUUUAAAUCUUCAUUGUUGUCCUUUGACGUCAAAAUCAUCAUUUUCUCUGAUAAUUGAUUCUAAUAAUUGAUUAAGAUAUCUUCUAUUUAUCACAUUAGAGCUGAAAUGGGCUUUCUGAUCCUAUUUCUGUGUGCCUUUUGCAUUUAUCUUAAAGAGAGUAGAUCUCAUGGUAGUCGCAUAUUGUGAUACAAGCAUUGGGAUGGUACUUGUGUAAGGGAGGGAAAACGUCAUGGAUGCAUUAGAUUCUAUGUGGUCCUUGUACUCCUCUUGACUGUCUUUGAUUCAACUAAAAAGGAUGCCUUGUUAAUCUAUGAUUUUAUGAGUAUUCUUAUUGGAAAUCAUUUAUAAGUCACCUUUCAUCAGAUAAUGACAUUUUAAUAUUGUGUCCAACGAAUAAUUCUGAUGUAUGAAAGGAGUAUGCCAAUAGAUAUUUUCCUUGAGAUCAUUUGUAAUAGAGGUAGCAUAGAAGUCAAUUAUACCAUUAUUGAGAUCAUGGCUUGUAAUCCCUGUUCUCAAGCUUAAGUUCAGAGCAUACCAUGCACGUGAUGUAUGGACUUCUGGCAUGAAAAUUGUAAGUGAUAUCUUAGUGCUAUUCAAACCAUCCAUAUUAAGAUGAUCUACAAGAACUAACUUCACAGUCCCUUUACUUUUUAAAUAAUGUUUUAUUGAUAACAAGCUGAACGCUAGUAAGCAGUAGGAUCAUGUAAUUUAAAGUUUCGUUUUCAACAAAAAGGCAUGUCUAAUAGUUAACUCAGAUGUUACAUCAAGACUAAGAUCGGACUGCACUCCUUUCCUGGUUUUAUGAAAACACCUUGUAAACAGAUUCCUUAUUAUAGUAAAUUAUAUUAGAUUGUUGACCAUCCUUAGCCAAUUUCUCCAUAUUCUGGAACUAGAGCUUUCUCUGAUGUUAUUUCGUUUUACGUCUCCUAUUGUUAGUUAUCUUUCAUGUGAGGAUGUUAAAUGUCUUGAUUUUUAGAAUAUUUUUUGGAGGUUUCCAAAGACGAUUAUCCCCAGGUUUCAGAACUAAUUUACCCUCCCCAGAUUAACUUGAAAAAUACUUCAUAUAAUGUAAGAAAUAAGAGAUAUGACUGAUUUCACGAGAGAUUCCUCUUAGAACAGCAGGAUUGAUCGAUGGAAGUGUGGCAUGUAGACCCUAGCGAGGGGCCGUUUUUAUUUGCAAUUAAUUUUUUCAUCUCUUUUCUCAGUUUUUCCUUUAUAAUUAAUAUGGAGAUGCAGUGUUAUCAGAAUUCAUAAAACAGAGAGAGAGAGAGAGAGAGAGAGAGAGAGAGAGAGAGUUAUUGGAUUGAGACUGACAUCAGAAAGAACUAGUCCUGUAACUUCUUAAGGUUAUUGCAAUUUGUAUGGUUGUUGAACAGCAGUGCAUCACGAUUUUGCAGUCAUUUGUGUGCUUAGUUGAACUUUUAUCUCCAAAUCCUCUGGAUGUUUUUGUAUUGGCAGAUAAUGCUUAGAAGUUACAGAAAAUAACAAAUAAGGAUAGACAAAUUCUCAAGGUUUCCAAGUUCAGAAAAUGUGAUUUUACAUCCUUUAAAACUCCCAUUCGUGGAACCCAAUUUCUUGGUCGCAAAUCGUGUGGAAAGCAGCAAUAUAGUAACCAUACUUUCAAUUUAUUGCGACAGCAUUUUCUUCUCUUGAAGUUAGUGACAACCAUAAUUCAUUAAGCAAUCGCAACAGCGUUGAAACCCAAUUUUUUGCCCUCAACUGUAACCAGUACAGCCAUAUUUUUUAUUUUUAUCUUUAAUACUUUGGUAGUUUGGUUCCCACGUAACUCUGAACUUGUUUCACAUCCAUGACAGGGAACUUUACAGUAAUAAUAUAAGUGGCCUAAUUCCCAGUGAGCUUGGGAAUUUGACCAACUUAGUUAGCUUGGAUCUUUAUUUGAACAACUUUUCUGGUCCAAUACCAGAGACUCUGGGAAAACUUACGAAGCUGCGUUUUCUGUAAGUUGCUUUAAUCAAGUUCUUUAUUUUUAUUUCCAUUUACUAGGACACUUUUCAAACUGAUUCUGCCAUUUAUAUGAAAACAAGGUUACCUUGCAAAUGGAUUAUUGUAUGUACAUCUUUAGAUAUUGAUCAUAGUAAUGUCUUGAAAUUAGCUCUAUUAAAUAUUUGUGAUCAGUGUGCCGAUUGCUGUCUCACUUUCACUUUCACUCCUGUGGGCAAAUAUUUUACCCUUAAAUUUUCUGUAAAUAGAUCUCAGUAUUUUUUAACAUACCACUGUAGACAAGGUUGGAUGAUCCACGAUCCUGAUCAUAGAAUCCUUAGAUAAAUUCAUGAUUGUAUCCGUUAUGUCUUUGUCAGUGACUCAUGAUUAAAUACUGACUGCAAUUACCAUGUAGUAUAAUCAAUAAAUUCAUGAUUGUAUCCGUUUGCUUGCUAAGGGAUGACGAUUGGGUUAAAUAAUGGAACUCUUGAGCCGCAAGUUUUGUUAUGCUGGGGGCCCUACUCAAGGUCAAGAUGCUCCCGGGUUGAUGAUUGGAAUGGUUUAAACGGUCAUAUACAUCCAACAUGAAUGCAAAAGAGUACUGUUUGUACCAAUCAUACUCCUAAUGUUUUCAUAUUUUCAUAUUAUCUCACUUCUUAGUUGUAUCCCUACAUGUUAAUACAAACCACCGCACAAUGGAAGGACGAGCAUGUCCUCAUGUAGUAUAAUCAAUAAACUGUUUAUUCAUUGUGCAUUCAAACAUCAGGUUGGUGACGGAAUUAGUUGCUGAAGGUGUGUUUGCAUUUGAGGUAAGAGAAAGAUAAAUAAAGCAGCUCAAUUUGUGAGUUUCACCUGAGCAUAAUACUUGCUAAAGGUUGAUAAUAAUAUUCUCUGUCUAUGGUGAUUUUAAGAUGAGCGCUUAACUGAAAAAAAUCAUGUACUUAUUACUUUUCUCAUUAGCUCUUAGAAUUUUACUGCUAUUGCAGUCGCCUACUGUUGAUUUAUAGCAGCCGCUCUGAAAUUUGCUUGUCAUUUUCUUUGAGUACACCGACAGCUGUUAUCCCUGAUUUAACUGUGUUGCUUUUCAUGCUUUCUGUGGAAGGAUAGCCGACUUAAUAACAAUAGCUUGUCCGGUCCAAUUCCCAAGUCACUGACUAAUAUCUCGACAUUACAAGUCCUGUAAGUCAGCUGCUUCCCAUGCUAUAUACAGAUGAACGUUGUUUCUUCUUACGAGUGUUUUUUUGGUGAAGUACUUGUUGAACUGCGGUUUUCAUGGGUGACGCAGGGAUCUGUCGAACAAUAACUUAUCAGGAGAAGUUCCCUCCACUGGUUCCUUUUCACUGUUCACCCCCAUCAGGUUUCUUGGCAGAUAACUCUACUCUCUGACCAUUUUAUGCACAGUUCUAUGUAGUUGCUGACGGCAAAAAUCUCUGUUUGUAGCUUCAACAACAACCCCUUAUUGUGCGGUCCGGGUACAGGAAAACCCUGUCCAGGAGCUCCUCCAUUUUCUCCACCUCCUCCUUUUGUUCCACAGACAACGCCUCCUUCUCCUGGUAAAAAAAUAGUCUACUGUCUUCUAAAUUUCUUCGAGUCCCUUGAAUUAUCAAAUGGAGUGAUCUUGGUUCGGCUAAAAUAAGGAUGCUGCUGUAAUUUAUGUCUUCCUGCAUUUUCCUUCGAAAAAGAAUUGUUUUUUGUAGAGAAAUAGGUUUCAGACUUUCUUUUUGCGCCAAACAUGUAUCAUCUGGUCUAAAUAAGUCUGCGUUGGAUCUAUGCCACAGAAAGCGUAUUCCAACUGGGUUAAAUAUUAUUUUUAAAAUGAAAACCAGGCUGUAGCCCAACAUCUGGCAGUGUUCUUGAUAGAUUUUGGGAAAACUCUGUUCUCUGGUAUAUCUGAAGGUAUUUGGAGAGCAAGAUUUUUAAAUCUUUCUACAGCUCUUGCAGCGUUCUAACCGGUCAUUUAGGCUGAAGCAAUUGGAAGAACCGUGAGAUCCGAGAUCCCGCCAUUUUUCGUUUCUCUUCUGAACUCAUCUAAGCUAGCAGUCAAUUUAUUCACUCUUGAAAUGCUUCUGACAUCAGCAGAAUCUUAGAGGUCAUCCUCAUCACCAUGUUAUUAAUACAUGCGAUUACAUGUAACCCAUACAUUGACUUAUCUGGCUUAAGAUCAAUGGACGCAUAUUCAUACAUCCGCUUUCUUUUUUUUCUUUUCUUUUUUUAAUUUGUAUUGGUUUCCUAAACUAGUUACCGUUGAUGUCACUGGGACAGGUAGUAGCGCCUCAAGCACCGGCGCAAUAGCUGGUGGCGUGGCAGCUGGUGCUGCAUUGCUUUUCGCCGCUCCUGCAAUUGGGUUUGCGUGGUGGCGGCGCCGAAAACCCCAAGAGCACUUCUUCGAUGUGCCGGGUUCGUAGCUAAGCCGACCAAUAACCUGACCUGGCCACUGGGCCCUUCAAUGACCAGCCCCUUCUUCUCUCUGGUGCAGCCGAGGAAGAUCCGGAGGUUCACCUGGGGCAGCUCAAGAGGUUCUCCCUGAGGGAGCUGCAAGUCGCCACCGACGGCUUCAGCAACAAGAACAUCCUUGGCAGGGGCGGGUUCGGCAAGGUCUACAAGGGCAGGCUGGCCGACGGCUCCCUCGUGGCGGUCAAGCGGCUCAAGGAGGAGCGCACCCCCGGAGGAGAGCUCCAGUUCCAGACAGAAGUGGAGAUGAUCAGCAUGGCCGUCCACCGGAACCUCCUCCGCCUCCGUGGGUUCUGCAUGACCCCCACGGAGCGGCUCCUCGUCUAUCCAUACAUGGCCAACGGGAGCGUCGCAUCGAGACUGAGAGGUGCCCCCAUUCAACCAAACACCAAUUUCUAGUCAAGCUUUCCAUCAUCUCCAUUUUGAGAUUUCACUGGGCGCAGAGCGGCCACCGAAUGAGCCACCACUGGACUGGGGGACGAGGAAGAGGAUUGCCUUGGGGUCGGCGAGGGGGCUCUCCUAUUUGCACGACCACUGCGACCCGAAGAUCAUCCACCGGGACGUGAAGGCGGCCAACAUUCUGCUGGACGAGGAGUUUGAGGCGGUGGUGGGGGACUUUGGCCUGGCCAAGCUGAUGGACUACAAGGACACCCACGUCACGACCGCCGUCCGUGGGACCAUCGGCCACAUAGCCCCCGAGUAUCUCUCCACCGGCAAGUCCUCGGAGAAGACCGACGUCUUUGGCUACGGCAUCAUGCUCCUCGAGCUGAUCACCGGCCAGAGGGCCUUCGAUCUCGCUAGGCUCGCCAACGACGACGACGUCAUGCUUCUCGACUGGGUGGGUACUCGAUCAUCAUCAUCUUCUUCUUCUGCAUCUUCUGGUUUCUAUAGUCCCCAUUGUACUUACUGAUGAUAGAUUGUUGUUGUUGUUGUUGUUGAGGGGUGCGAUGAUCUGAUUGCUUUUGUUGUUGUUGAUGAUGAUGUGGGUGGGAGAGGACAGGUGAAGGGGCUGCUCAAGGAGAAGAAGCUGGACAUGCUGGUGGACCCGGACCUGCAGAACUACGUGGAGGCGGAGGUGGAGCAGCUGAUCCAGGUGGCGCUGCUCUGCACGCAGAGCUCGCCGAUGGAGCGACCGAAGAUGUCGGAGGUGGUGCGGAUGCUGGAGGGCGACGGCCUCGCCGAGCGCUGGGAGGAGUGGCAGAAGGUCGAGGUCGUCCGCCAGGAGGUCGACCUUGCCCCCAACCGCAACUCCGAGUGGAUCGUUGACUCAACCGACAACCUCCACGCCGUCGAACUCUCCGGCCCCAGGUGA